AAAUAUCUAGAAAUCCCCAAACGCGGAUCAAAUGCAAACAAAACUACCCUUUAAUCUACGCCCUUGGUAAACGAACCCCUAAUAUUGUCGUCUCUGCGGACCACAUCUGUCAAUUUUUCGACUCUAGUUUGGUUUGGUGUUGUGCUGUAGUUUCUAGUAAAUACUUAAAAGGUGCAAUGAUGUAAAUGGUCCUGUUCAGCAGGAGGAUUCUUACAUGUUGUGAACUACGAAAAAUUGUAAUAAUUGCAGUUGAUCAAUGAGUACUUACGUAAAGCAACCAGUGAGCUAAAUUGCGGUAGUGAGUGGAAGGGGUGAAUAUAUCUAGUCGUGAUUAGUGAGUGACAAACUGGAUUAAAGUUAAAAUUUAUGUGAUAAAAUUAUAUUUUAUUAAAAUUUUAAUUUCUUUAAAAAAAGAUUUGCGUGAUGCUGACGAGUUGUUUGGAUCGAGUUAUCUAGUUGUGUUCAUUGAUAAAUCAGGUUGCUGUUCGCCAGCUGGCUGCCAUCCAAAGUGAGUGUGAAAUUGCAAAAUUUAUUAUAAAUAAACAAUGAAGUCAUAUGAUUGUGAUUCCUCCUCGGAAAGUGAAGAUGCGUCACACGCCAUCUCACGCGGUAUGAUUCAACCCCCACAGUGGCUUAGGGGAAACUCGAUCGGGGCAAACUGGGGUUGGCAAGGGGUUGCUGGCAGUUCUACCGGACCAAGUUCUUCGGCAGCAGCAAUGGACCAUCCACAAAGUUAUUCUUCGUUUCCAGCUGCAAAUUCUCAGGACGAAUCUCAAGUUCCAGGUCGACGGACACCGUUAGGGACGGUGAGUUUAGGAGGAUUUUACUUUCAAGGAUGUCAACAGAACGUGACCACGCCUCACGGUCCACCUUCGGACGAAAAUAAUCCCGAUCCUGGUUGUUCAAUUCAACAUAGCAGCAGAUCUUUAGAAUCCAGAUCCGGAAGCACGAAUCCGAAUGUCAAAGGAAAGAAUCGUCAAGGCAAAACCGUUCGACUAAACAUAAAUGCCCGCGAGCGUCGAAGAAUGCACGAUCUGAAUGACGCUCUGGAUGAACUCAGAGCAGUCAUUCCUUAUGCCCACUCACCAUCUGUGCGGAAGCUGUCGAAAAUAGCUACUCUAUUAUUGGCUAAAAAUUAUAUUCUUAUGCAAGCUAAUGCUUUGGAGGAGAUGAAGAGACUUAUUGCCUAUUUACAAGGCACUGCCGGGGCUGGAGCUGGAGCUACAAUAGUCGCACCUCCAGGAUUCGAUCUCCAAGGGUUUCCAGCAGCAGCCAAGUUCCUACAACAACAACAAGCUCUCCAAGCGGAAAAUGCUCGACACAACGAAGGAAAUAAUGGAGGUUCCGGAUCUGCAAUGUGAAUCGCUUGCGAUAAUAAGAUAUAGAUUCAUAACAUGGUGCCGAAAAUUUAAUGCCCUGAGCUGAUAGAAAACUUUUUAAAUUGAUGUGCCAAUAGAAAACUGACUAGUUCAAAUCUAAUGCAAACAGUAAGUAGUGCAACUGAAUUGAUUUUGUAGACUUUGGGGAGAUUUUUAUGUGUGUUCAAGCUCUAUAUCGUAAGUCAGAUGCAUUUAAUAGAAAUACAUUAAUUCGAUUUAAAAAAAAAUUGAGGGAAACAAUGGAGUGGAAUAUGCUGCCUUUUCUGUGGUUAUUGCCAGUUUAUUACUUAAACAAGCAAAGACAUGAUUAUUCGUCCAAAACUUCUAAUAAAGUUAGUUCUUCAUCUAUCUGUUAUUUCCUUAAGGUUUCAUAUUUGGGGCUUUAUGUGUUUUACAACAUGUUACGUUCUAAAUGAGUAUCACUUCGAUYUUAAGUAGAUAUUGAUYAAUCUAYAAAAAUGCCAUUUUUGCAAACCGACCAUUAAUUUAGAUUAUAUUUAAAAAUUCCUAACUAAAUCUCGAACUGCUUCAUAUGCAACUUCUSUGAAUGCCAAUCAAAUUUAUUAAUCAAAAAUGAGCUUAAACUUGUAGGUUCAAUAAAUUAUAAAUUUCAAAUCAUGUGACUAAGAAACUGCAACUYUUGAGAAAAUAUGAAUGUCGCAUUCGAAUACAACUUAAAUUUGAAGAAACUGAGAUUGUUCUUACUUAGGAGGAAACGCYCGAAUUUGGAUGGUUUAAGUUCAAUUGAAUGAAGRAUAAACCCGGUARUUUUUUUUUAAGGCCAAAUAAUAGUUUUCCAAUAGUGGGCGCCAGCAAAUCUAAGUGCAAGAUGAAGAGAUUCAAUAUCGGCAGAAAGUUGARUAAUUAUACUUUGAUUUUGGUCAAGGAUUUUAAUAAUUUAAAAUAUUUGGAGUUUUUUGGGAACACWUAAUUUUCRAUGUAACUGAAAAAGACGUUUUUGGUACAAUAUACAUGAUGGUAUUUCUCCUAUUUGAUGAGAUUGAAGMUUUUCAAAAGAUUUUCAAAUUAUUAGAUGAAAAGAAGCGAUUUUAUUGAAUGAUUAGAUCACAUUCCAACUCCAUAACACACUUUGAAAUGGGUUAUGUAAAGUCCAAAUCUUAUUUAUGAAGUACCAAAGUAAUUUCGAAAUGAAAAAUUAAUAAAUGCCCCUCACAGGUGUUAAUUAAGCAAGAGAAAACUUUUAAAUUUGACUGAUCACAAGUUCAACACUCUGUUUGCUUUGAGGUAAGUUUAAUACUUUGAAAUUGUGUCUUUGAUUCUGUUUAGUUCGUCUGUAAAUUCAAUGCAUAAACUACAAAGAAACCAUUAAAUAACAUUGAAUUGAAAAAUGACUGAAUAAAUAACGAUCUGUAGCAGAAACAACGGUUAAAUUUAAAAUUAGAGAUUUUGCAAAAAAAAAUAGAAUUAAGUUUUUAUCUUCUUUGUUCGCGCUAUUUCAGUUAUAUACAGUAUCUAUCUGAAAUCACAACUGUAUUGAUGACUAACUCGAUCGAGUAUUUUUCAAAGCAUAUGAAAAAACACGUUAUUUGAUUUACGUAGUUCUUUGUACGUUUUCUUCAAAACUUUCUUAUUAGUGAUUAUGGUUGACGAGGUAAAAAAAUCACUAAAGCUUUGCUUUGACGGGUUUUUUUAUAAAAAUUUAAAUCGGGAUUAUCAUUAUAAUAUCUGAAAACUGAGAAAAAAGUUACGUUCUACUAUAUUUCAUGAAACUGAAAAAUUAUUUGGAUCAACAUAUGUUUGGGUGAUCAUAAUCAGUGCAAAAAUAUAAACGAAAACAUACAAAAUAAAACCAACUGUUUAAAUAUUUGCCGCGAAAACUUAAGCCAUUUCAUACAGUAAAACAAAAUGCAUUGCUUCCAAGUUUAACUGAUCUAAUUCCUAUCUUCACUAAUAUUAAAGCUGCCAAUAGUGCCGGCCUAAUUUAAAAUAGCCUGUAUAUAAGAAAACUUAUAUUUUAAGUUAUAUAGUGGGGUUUAAUAAAUAUAAUAACAGAUUUGUAACUUCAAUUCGUUGCAACGUUAUGAACCAUUUCAAAAAGCUAGUCGGUCAAAAAGCAAUAUUUGCUUCUUAAGAUUUUAACUCCGUUUACGUAUAACUUCCAUUUGGCAAAUGUAAUAAUUUGUACGCAGAUGAGAGAGAAAGAUGAGUACAGAAAGUGGGUAAUAAAAGAGUCGAGAAAUUGGAGAGUAUGAUGGUCGAUAAAUUACCAGAGAAUAAAAGCAAAUUAUCAAAAGAAUUCAAAAGCAACCACUUAUGUAGGUACUAAAUAAUCACCAUGCAGGUGAAUAAUUUUAAUACAUAAAUGACUUGCUACGAUUUACGUUACGAGACUAGUUUUUACUGUAUUUUUCCUUCACAUUUGAUAGUUUGAACAAAUACACAUAGAAGAGUAAUAACAAUACCAGCUAACUACUUUUCUCCUAAUUUUCUAAUAAAUUAUUUUUUAUAUAAUUUGUAUAAUCCUGUAAUUUAACACUGCUGAAUCUACAUAUUAGCAAUGUUUCAACGCUCAAUUAUACAUUACAAUUCAAAUCUGGGCAUACCAGUUGAAAUGUGUUUUGAAAUGGUGUAUCGUUUAAUCUCUUAAUUUUCUUGUAUUAUUCGCUGCUGAUUCUCCUCUAAACCAUGUGGAUUUGAUGGCUUUAACGAUAUGUGACAAAAUAUGGUUGUAUUGUUCGUAUGCUAGUCGUCCUAUAGACUACUUAAAUAAUAUAAAAUGAGGACAUUCAUCGGAUGAACAAAUAUAUUAAACAUAAGCAAUACUUGGUGUGAUCUUACCGUAACAGACUAGUCAAUUAGGAUAAUUUUUAUAUAAAUAUAAGAUGUAUUUUAACUUAGAGAACGUGUAACAUAACUUGGAGAUAAGUAUGCAAUUUGUGUAGUUUUUAGACUGCUACUAUAUCGAUGAAAAACAUAAAGUACAUGGGUGUAGUUGACUAACAAGAAGCAGCUGUGUUUGUAACAAUGACUAUUUGGGAUUGAGCAAAUAACGGAUACUCGGAGGACGUUGUGAAGAAGGAUCGGAAUUAAAUGAAGAUAUAAGAAAGUCUAUUAAUAUAAUAUCGUCACUUUUUAUUUAUUUAAUUAUCAGACAUGUUGAUAAAGGCCAUGUCCUGAUUAGUAUUUACGUUUGAUGUAGACCUUCAAUGUAACAAUUAAGCAUUAAGGGCGUUGGUCAGAUGAACCUUUUCCGUUUUUCUGCUCAAGACAUCUGCACUGUGUUGCUCUCUUUUGCAUUGCAAUGUAAAAUAUACACCCAUGUACAAAAUGUUUGUAGGUUCAAGUAAGGGAUCUAAAUCAUUUCAACAUUUACAGCAAAUUCGUUCCUGCAUGAUAAGUAUUUGGAUAUGCGAAUCAGAUAGAAGCAUAUAGCAUAAUUGUAUGGAUACAACUUGAUAAAGUAUGUGUGAUAUUAA